GCAAUGCCUUCAGCUCUGGAGGGCUCGGAGGGGGGGGAUGAAGGGGACACCUUGCACUACGAGGAAGCAGAAGAUAACAAUGUCAGCCCCACCGACCUCUCAGAGCUGCUGAAGGAGGGGACCAAGGAGUCCCACGACCGCGCCGAGAACACCCAGUUUGUCAAGGACUUCCUGAAGGGACGGAUCAAGAAGGAGCUCUUCAAGCUGGCCACCGUGGCACUGCACUUCACCUACUCAGCUCUGGAAGAGGAAAUGGAUCGCAACAAGGACAACCCGGCCUUUGCUCCUCUGUAUUUCCCCCUGGAGCUUCACCGGAGAGAAGCCUUGGCCAAAGACCUGAAAUAUUUCUAUGGAGAAGACUGGAAAGAGAAGAUCCAGUGUUCAGAGGCCACUCAGCACUAUGUGGACAGAAUCCAUCACGUGGGACAGCACGAGCCGGAGCUGCUGGUGGCUCACGCUUACACACGCUACAUGGGGGACCUCUCAGGUGGCCAAGUGCUGAAGAAGGUGGCCCAGAGGGCCCUGAAGCUGCCCAGCACUGACGAAGGGAUCCAGUUCUACGUGUUUGAGAACAUUUUCAAUGCUCAGCAGUUCAAGCAGCUCUACAGAGCCAGGAUGAACGCUCUGGACUUGGACAAGAACACCAAGGAAAGGAUCGUGGAAGAGGCCAACCAAGCCUUCAGGUUGAACAUGCAGGUGUUUGAUGAACUGGACAAGAUUGGCAGGUCCCUGACAGAAGAGGCCCAAGACGGAGGGUUCCCAGUCCACGAUGGCAAAGGAGACAUCCGCAGGUGCCCCUACUAUGCAGACAAGCUGGCAGGCACAGCAGGACCUGCCUGUCCCUACCACGUGGCCCUGGCCCUGGCCAAGCAGCCCCUGGUGCAGCUGGUCCUGGCAGCCUGUGUGGCUGUGGCAGCAGGAGCUGCAGCCUGGUACCUGAUGUGAUGGGCACUGCCUGGUGCCAACAGGCAGGCACAGCCUGGCCUGCCACCACGCUUCCCUGGCUCUGCUGGUGAGUUGACUGCAGGGUGGAUGUUAACACACACACCAAAAAAUAAGCAGAAAUCCUGCAGGACUGGCACAGACUCUGCACACCCAUGAUGCAAGCACUGUAAUCUAAUGUCUUUAGCUGGCUAGUGUACAGGACUGAGCUGGUGUGAGGAUCCUCUGCAGCCCUGCCCUGCCCUGUCCUGGCAAUGGCUUCACCUGCUUGGCUUCUCAUCUCCUUCCCAGGGGCUGUAACCCCUUCUCCUGCCCUGUGCUGCAACCCUGAAGGGUUCCCCAGCCUUGUGAGUGAAGAGCACUGAGUUUCCUGCCCUCAGAAACAGCUCUUCUGGUUGUGCCACGGUGGCUGUGCUGUGGGGCCGUUUGCUCAGUGUCCUGGUUGGUCCUGGGGAGCAAGUGGGAUGUGUUGGCACAAGGUCCCUGAGGGUGGUGGGGGGUGUGAAGGUGACAAAUGUACAAUGUGCAGCCUUGGGGGGGGGGGGGUGGGGGGUUGUUUCUUGUUUUCUUGAAGCCUUGUCUGGAAUAAAGAGGUGCAAGGCUGGA